UUAUUUGACAAUUUACUGCUAAUGGAUAAUUUCUUACAGGUAAUUUAAUUCUGGACCGAAUAUUUGAUCCAAUACAUUUUAAUUUAGUGUGAUAGGCAUGAUAAUUGACGUGCCUAGAAAUCUCGUCGGGUUCGUCAUUCUCGUACAAACAAUCAGUCCAUUGGCAUAUGUAAACAUUGACUCCUUUCUCAUUGGUCCGCGUAUUUAAAUCAGACACAUGUGUAGCCACGUGAUUUACGAAUCGCUCAACAUGAUUGGUUUCGUGUUUGCAGCCAAUCCAUUCGCAGGACAAAUGAAAAACUUCACGUUUCAGCGGGAAACCAACUCUUCUCUUCGUUCCGCACUCUGACACGGAAUCAAAUUCAGAAUCAGUAUUAUAACUAUCAUCGUCAUCUAUUUGCUUUCUUUUACAUUGUGUCUCGUCCGUGUAUGUGAAAUCUUUUUGCGAUUCUACCCAAUCAUUACAUCGUUUUUGCACGUCUUUACUAGUUAUUAGUUUUUUCCCAAACUCUGUCAUUUUAUUAAUUUAAAAUUUAUAUUUCAAUACUCCUAGAUCAUGAACUUCCGUCAUGUAAUACGUACAAUUUUCAUUUACGCAUUACGAAGUUAAAAACUUGUUAAAAAUUUACUGUUAAGAACUAAAUAUUUAAAAAAUUCCUUAAUUUAGACAAACUUAAUACUUUAAGGCGAAAUCUUAUUGUUAAUAUUUUUCUUAAGGCAACACUUAAUAUUUUGAUUAAAAACCGAACGUCUCUAACUGAUCAUUAACUUCCAUGUUCUUCUCAUCAAUGAUCAUGCUCGAUACUUGUUCUUAAAUACCUAACCUGAGUUUAACCUAAUGCAGAACAAUUGUAUAAAUAAAGCAUCGUGUUAGAUUUAUAAAAGUUAUUAUUGUUAUAUGUUGAAUACACAGAUGUUACGAAUACUUUUAAAUAAAAGUACUUGGAAGUUAACCAAUAGUUCGGAGGAAAUGAGAUACACAGUUUUUACUCCAUUAAUUUUACUACGAAGGCACUUCACAGAACGUGGAUCUUCUACAAUUUACGCACUUUCUUCUGGAUAUGGUAAAUGUGGGGUAGCAGUAAUACGUGUAUCUGGACCAAAAGCAUUAGUAGCUUUACAAAAAAUGACAAAAAUAUCUAGUCUAAAACCUAGAAUAGUAUUCUUAAGAAAAAUUUAUGAUCCUGAGACGAAAGAAGUUUUAGAUAAAGGUUUAUGUCUUUGGUUUCCAGGACCUAACUCAUUUACUGGAGAAGAUUCUGCAGAAUUCCAUGUUCAUGGUGGUCCAGCAGUAGUGACAUCGGUUCUAAAUGCGCUUUCAAAAUUACGUUUUCAGUUAGCGCUUCCCGGAGAAUUCACAAAAAGAGCAUUUUUAAAUGGAAAAAUAGAUUUGACUGAAGCAGAAGGUAUAGGAGAUUUAAUUGAAGCAGAAACUGAAAAACAACGUAAACAGGCCGCUAAUCAAGCAAAUGGAUCCCUUCGUCAUCUCUAUGAUUCAUGGCGUAUUGUUUUGUUAAAUGUACUUGCCAAUUUGGAAGCUUAUGUUGAUUUUUCUGAAGAGCACAGUGUAACUUCUAAUAUCUUAAAAGAUGCUAAAAUUACUGUGCAAAAGUUAUCUACAGAAAUUCUACAACAUCUAUCUGAUGGUAGAAAAGGAGAAAUUUUACGCACUGGAGUACAUGUAACAAUUCUUGGAGAACCAAAUGUAGGGAAAAGCAGUCUGUUAAAUCUUCUUUCAAGGAGAGAUGCAGCAAUUGUUACCUCUUUGCCAGGAACAACAAGAGAUGUUAUAGAGUUAACAACAAAUAUUUGUGGAUAUCCAAUGAUUCUUGCAGAUACUGCAGGAAUUAGAAAUAAUCCAGAAAAUGAAAUAGAAGUAGAAGGUAUUAGAAAAGCGAAAGAAUAUUCAAAAGAAGCAGAUUUUGUUAUAUGUGUAAUUAGUGCAGAACAUAAAAUAAAAACUUCUUUAGAAAUAUUUCUAAAACAAUAUAAAAGUUAUUUAGAAAUAGACAAAAAAAGAGUUCUUACAGUAUUGAAUAAAAUAGAUUUGCUUAAAGAAGAAGAAAAAGAAAAUUGGAGAAAGCAAAAUGUUGUUCCUAUAUCAUGUAAGACACAGGAAGGUUUAAAAGAGCUAACAAAUGCAUUAGGAGAAUGUUUCAAAGAAAUUCAUGCACGAUAUAGAAAUCAUUUAUUACAUGUUUCAGAUUAUCUUGAACUCUAUUUACAAAAAACUACAAUACCAAAUUAUGAUAUGGCUAUAUCCUUACAGGAUAUUAGAAAUGCGGCAAGAGAACUUGGUAAAAUAACUGGUUCUAUUAGCAAUGAACAAGUUUUAGACAUUAUUUUUAAAAAUUUUUGUAUAGGAAAAUAAAAAUCUACUUAAAAAUCAGUGUUCAUAGUUGUACUUCUUAUGGCAAUACAAUUACAAAUUAUUUUAUGAUAAAAAUAAUUAUUUAUUUAAACAUAUAUAAUCAUCCAUCGUAAAAAUUAAAAGAAAAUCCUAUUAAAAGUAUAAUGGUCAAUCUUCAGUUUUCUUUUCUUGUUCUGUUCCCAAAUGAGCCAUAUUUACCUCAUCUAUAUUUAUAUUUUGAUCUUUCAUGGCUUGCUGAAACAUAAUUAUAUGGAAUAUAGCAUGCACUUUAAACUGUGACAAUAAUUGUUUUAUAAUGAAAUAUUGUUUUAACGUUUCACAAUGUUUCAAGGAAUCUAUAAAAAGCAAUAGAAGCCAAUUUAUUUCAUCAAACUUUAAAAGAGAUUAAUAGUAACGAUGCGAUUUUUUAAAUUAUUGAAAUCCCAAUAAAAGUUACGUUUUCAAAUUUUUACGUUGAUAAAUUAAAAAUUUAUGAUUCUGACAUGCAAAUUUCAGGACAAUACAGAAUCAUAAAUCUUUCAAGUGAUUUCUUUUGAAUUAUUUAAUCUUUUCACUUUCGAGGAGAAACAAUAGCAAAUUAACAAAGGUUAGGUUAGAAAUUUAAAAAUAAAAUUUUUUUACAUAUAUUAACUUACCGCUACACACUCAGUAUAAACUUUAAGUAAUGAUGCGCAUUCACUAUCAUCAUAAAUUCCACGCAAAAAUUUUUCAGAGAACCAAUUAUUAAAACAACGAUCGUACUUUGUUUUCAAUUCUUUACAAGCCUCCAUAAUAUAUUGUUAUACAUUAAUUUAAAAAUUAAUACAUCAUCAGCAAUUAAUAAAUCAUCGCCAAUUAAUUAUAACAAUUUUUUUUUAGUUAUUAAUACAGAAAAAGACGGAAAUUGAUAUGAAAUCCGUAUGUUCCAGCUUGCACAUGCUUUAAUUCAUUAUUACUGUGUACAACACACGUUACUUCGUCUUACACAUUUUUAAAGAUCUGAUUUCGAAAAGAAAUAAAUACACCAAAAGUAAAUACAAUCACGUGUUAACAAUUAUCUUGGAUUUCAGUUCGUUGAAUAUAUGCACAAUCGAAAGUAUUAUUUUUCACAAAAUUUUGCAAAAAAAAUAAUUUCCAAGAAAUCGCUUUGUCAUCUCACUUUCAUAAUAUUUCAAUGUUAUAAUCUCAAAAAAAAUGAAUUUAAGAAGGCAGAGCAAUUCAAUUACCUGCAGACACUGAUUAUAUAAUUUGAAGUGAUUUGAGCACAUUGAAUCGUCUAAAUCACCUUUAAGGAAUUUUUCGGAAAACCAAAGUUUAAAACACCCAUCAUAUUCCCUUUUAAGAUUAUUACAAGUUUCUGCAAUACUGUUCAUUUAAUUUUCUAAUUUAUUACUGAUUUUAAAAUGAAACUUUGGAUAGUUCCUCUUGAUUUUUUUUUAAGUGUUAAUAAUACCUAUAAAAAAAUACCAUCUUUGAUUUAUUGGUUAUAAAUGAAAUUAACAUAUGCCAAUUGAAAUUGAUUUAUAUUAAAUGCUCCUAGCUUGAAUUAAGUAUUAUCGAAAUCUGUAAUACUUAAUAUCGAUUAAAAUCGAUUAAUCGAACUUGUUUGCUGGAGUUAUUUCGUCAUAUAUUGAAAUAUUAUAUUUUUAAGAUUUAUCAAAUUUGUUGA